AUGAUUAUCUACAUUGUUGCAGGACUUUGCAGAAAGAAUGGUUAUGGCUACGUCUACUGCAGCCCUGCAGUGUUGCCUUAUGGAUUCUUCAUUAGCUGGUGCCUCAAUCUGUGUUUCAAUAUUGGCUGGCUGCUUGUUUGGGACAGAGGAAUGAUGAUUGCUGCACUGGUUUUUCUCUUCCUGGUCAUCUGCACAAACUACUCAAUGAUAUGUUUCACCUGCCAUGGACUUCAUGUUUAUGGAGCCUGGCUCAAGAAUUACCACAAAGCAGACUUGUGGCUCCUCCGUGUGUUGGUUCAGAAUGGUGUGAUGAUAUACACAACAUGGACAACCGUUGCAACACUAAUUAACCUCAGCAUUGUACUGACUUAUGAUGUAAACAUGUCUCCAACGGAUGCUGCAACCAUUUCGUACUCUGUUUUGUCUGCUGUGCUGCUUGUGUGGUUUGUUUUGGAAAACUUUGUCCUUGACAAACACGUGCGGUACAUCCUCAUCAUUUACCCGGUUGUGAUCUGGGCGCUGUCGGGAAACCUGGACAAAAACUACGAUGCUAAAUCACCCAGCCGCAAUGGCAUCUUCAUUGUUGUGCUGCUGGCAUUAGCCUCUGUGCUGUUUGUCAUCCGGAUUGUUUUGGUGGUUUGGAGACACAUCAGACAGCCACUCUACACAGACGUCAGUCCCAAAGCCAUGGAACCGAUGGAGAUUGCUGAGAAGCAGAAAAAGAUUUUCCGAUAA